AAACUUUAAUUGCAACGAUAUGCUGUCGAAGCACGAACAAUAUGUGACACUUUUACUUUCCCGGCCGGAGACAUAACAAAAUCGGUCGUUCGACCGUCUGGACCAUCAUUUAGCACGCCGAAGACAAUCCAACACAACAUCGGGACAUUAUUGACAUUACCGAUUUACCGCCAUAAUCUAUCCACAAGACACAUUGAUAGUUACGUGUGUAUUCGUUCCUAUACCGAGUAUAUUAUGCAGCCAACGAGAAUUGCGGCCGUGUGCUUCCUGUUGCUGGCCAGUCGCGCGGCGGGACACGCGAUCGGUGAAAAUCACGCAGACCACGAAGACGCCGGAACCGCUGCAGACCGUAAGAGAGACGCCUCGCAGCAGCCCAGGGCUUUGGACAUGGAGUCGAUAUUUGCGGGUUUCGCCAAGUCUAUGAUCAGCAGAACUGGAGCCACCAGUAGUCAAAUGCUCAGCCUAAACAUGUCCAACGUGGUGCUUAUGCUGGUUCUCAAGGGACUGAUCUGGGGAGCGUCGUACAUGCAGGGGCACGGUGGCAAAAGCCGGAAGGACGGUCCGGAUGCGGCGGGCUUAGCCGGCACUGGAUUCAUGCAGAACAUAGUCACUGAGACGGAUUUGCUGUUAUUCCUUGGAUAUUUGGUAGCCGAUGAAUCAGGUCGCUACGAUUGCUUGAACCGCGUAGCCUGUGAGCAACCGGCCAGGGCGGAGAGUUACUUAAAGAGCGCCGAAAUGGUCUGGAGAACGGCGAAAUUAUUAGAUGGUGUGGUGCCGUUAGACGCGAAAUACGAGCAAAUGUUGAUCAAGUUGCAAGAAGCCAUUGAGGACGGUAGGGCGGACGGAGAUUGUCAGGCCAAAUACAAAUGUUCCGAGUCGACCAGCACCGAAGAUAACUUUAACCUGAUUUAAAGCUUAAAGAAAUUAAGUGAGAUAUCGUAGGCAUAUUAUGGUUUUUUUUGUUUAAGUACAUUUUGUGUUUUGACCAAAUGAAAACGAUGAGUGCGUAAGUCAUUGUAAGCAUUCGAUUGUUAUUGCAUAUAUUUUUAUUCACACAAUAACGCACGUAAAAUAUAAUAGUUAAUACUAAAUAAUAAUAUUCAAUAUUACCAUAAAUUGUUUUUUUUGGAAAAUCGUUCGUUUUAAUUCAAUAAAUGUACCUAUAAUAAUCGUAUAUUACUUAUGCUAUUUGAUGAACAUGAGUCAUGACCUCAUUCAAAAUACAAAUGUUAUUAUAUCUGCUCGUUAAUUUCUAUCGUAGACCAGAACGAUUAAUGUAUACCAACUAUUGUACCUACUAGUUUCAUUAAUUUGAUUGAUCAUACGACCUAUAUUCAUAAUAUACUAUAUCUGAA